CUGAGGAACGGUGAGUUCGUUCUUUUCACCACAUUCCGUUCUCUGCUGUGCUGCUCCUUCGUUUUCACAAAAAAGUAAAGCGGACAGAGAAAAAAUUGACCUCCAUCAGCUGUUCAAUCGAGCUCGCUUUGAAUCUCAGAUUCCGUGCUGUGAUUGGAAUUUGAUCUUUGAGCUUCCGCUGAAUACUCGUCACUCGGCUUCUGAGCUCGGAGUGGAGGAGGACGAAGAAGAAGAAGAAGAAGAAGAAGAAAAAGGAGCUUAGAGAUGGCGCUCUCCUCCUCCGACCUCCCGGCGAUUUACGGCUUACUGACCAAUUCUAUGAGCGGCGAUGAGCGAGUGCGCAAACCUGCUGAGGCAGCCUUGAGUCAGUCCGAGAAUAGGCCCGGCUUCUGCUCCUGUCUCAUGGAAGUUAUUAUGUCAAAGGAUGUAGCAUCGCAGGAUGUCCGUCUGAUGGCUUCUGUGUAUUUUAAGAAUAGCAUUAGUCGGUAUUGGAGGAGUCGGCGCGAUUCUCUGGGAAUUAGCAACGAGGAAAAAAUGCAUUUGAGGCAAAAACUACUAUCCCACUUAAGAGAAGAGAAUGAUCAGAUAGCUAAAAUGUUGGCGGUUCUUAUAUCCAAAAUCGCUCGAUUUGAUUAUCCUAAGGAGUGGCCAGAACUCUUUUCAGGUUUAGCAGAAAAUCUUCAGUCUGCAGAUAUUCUUUCUUCUCACAGGAUUUUUAUGAUUCUUUUCCGAACCUUAAAAGAAUUAUCAACCAAGCGUCUCACAUCAGAUCAGAGGAAUUAUGCUGAGAUAUCUUCCCAUUUCUUCAACUAUAGCUGGCACCUUUGGCAGAGUGAUGUGCAGACUAUAUUACAUGGUUUUUCGGCACUUUCUCAAAAUUAUGAUUCAAAUUCUCAGCAACAACAGGUUGAACUGUAUUUGAUAUGCGAAAGAUGGUUGUUCUGUCUCAAAAUCAUUCGCCAGCUCAUAAUUUCUGGGUAUCAAAGUGAUUCAAAGUGCAUGCAGGAGGUACGACCGGUUAAAGAAGUUUGUCCAGUCCUCUUGACUGCUGCUCAAUCAUUUCUCCCAUACUAUUCUUCUUUUCAUAAUAGAUAUCCGAAAUUUUGGGACUUCGUGAAGAGGGCAUGCUCUAAACUCAUGAAAGUCUUAAUCUCUAUUCAAGGGAGACAUCCUUAUUCGUUUGGUGAUAAUUGUGUGCUUCCACCUAUCAUGGAGUUCUGUUUGAGUACUAUAACAGAUCCCAAACCUGAAGUGAUGUCAUAUGAGGAGUUCCUGAUUCAGUGCAUGAUAACGGUGAAAUCUAUACUAGAAUGUAAAGACUACAAACCAAGUCUUACCGGCAGGGUGAUGGAUGAAUCUCGAGUGUCCCUAGAGCAGAUGAAAAAAAAUAUUUCCAAUGCUGUUGGUAGUCUGCUUGCUUCUCUCAUGCCUGGUGACCGUAUAGUACUCUUAUGCAAUGUUCUGAUCAGAAGGUACUUCGUCCUAACAGCAAGUGAUUUGGAGGAGUGGUACCAGAACCCAGAGUCUUUCCAUCAUGAACAGGAUAUGAUUCAAUGGACAGAAAAGCUUCGGCCAUGUGCUGAAGCUCUCUACAUAGUGUUAUUUGAGAAUCAUAGCCAACUGCUAGGUCCUGUUGUGGUCUCAAUCCUUCAAGAGGCAAUGAAUGGUUGCCCUACAUCCGUAACGGAAAUCACCCCGGCCUUGCUUCUGAAAGAUGCUGCUUAUGGUGCCGCUGCGUAUGUCUAUUAUGAACUAUCAAACUACCUUAGCUUCAAAGAUUGGUUUAAUGGUGCAUUGUCUCUUGAGCUCUCUAAUGAUCAUCCAAAUAUGCGAAUCAUUCACCGGAAAGUUGCACUGAUAUUGGGCCAAUGGGUAUCAGAGAUCAAAGAUGAUAUCAAAAGACCAGUAUAUUGUGCUUUAAUAAAGCUGCUCCAGGAAAAAGACCUGUCCGUGAGGUUGGCAGCCUGUCGGUCAUUGUGUUUGCAUGUUGAAGAUGCAAACUUUUUGCAGCGAGAAUUCUCAGACCUUCUUCCCAUCUGUUUCAACCUUUCCUUUAAGUUGGUUGAAGAUGUUCAGGAAUUUGACUCAAAGGUUCAGGUUUUGAAUUUGAUAUCCGUGCUUGUUGGGCAUGAGAAUGAAAUUAUUCCAUUUACAAAUAGAUUGGUUGAAUUCUUCCAACUGGUGUGGGAGGAGUCCGUUGGUGAAAGCCUCCUUCAAAUUCAGCUUCUGAUUGCCCUACGGAACUUUGUGAUUGCCCUAGGUGAUCAGUCACCUAUCUCCUAUACCAUGCUGCUACCCAUUCUUCAGAAGGGAAUAGACAUAAAUAGCCCUGAUGAACUUAAUCUUCUGGAGGACAGCAUGCAGCUAUGGGAAGCCACAAUUUCUCAUGCUCCAUCAAUGGCACCUCAGCUGUUAUCAUACUUUCCAUGCCUGCUGGAAAUAAUGGAAAGAAGCUUUGAUCAUUUGCAGGUUGCUGCCAACAUUAUUGAGGGAUAUAUAAUUCUGGGUGGAUCAGAAUUUUUGAGUAUGCAUGCUUCAACCAUAUCAAAGCUUCUCAACCUGGUUGUUGGCAAUGUGAACGACCGAGGGCUGCUUUCAAUUCUUCCAGUCAUUGACAUUCUGAUUCAGUGUUUCCCUGCUGAAGUGCCACCACUGAUCAGUAGCACUCUUGAGAAACUGAUUGUCAUCUGCUUGAGUGGAGGGGAUGAUCGAGAUCCUUCCAAGACGGCAGUGAAAGCAUCUUCUGCAGCAAUCCUAGCAAGGAUUUUGGUGAUGAAUACCAAUUAUGUUGCUCAGUUAACUUCAAAUCCAUCACUUAUCCUUACAUUGCAGAAUGCCGGGGUCCACAUGGAAGAAACAGUGCUUCUGUGCCUGGUGGAUUUGUGGCUUGAUAAGGUGGAUAAUGCUAGUUCUACCCAAAGGAAGACAUUUGGUUUGGCACUUUCCAUAAUUCUCACUUUAAGACUGCCACAAGUUCUCGACAAACUUGAUCAAAUCUUAAGUGUUUGUACAAGUGUUAUAAUGGGCGGGACUGAUGACCUAAAUGAAGAAGAAUCCAGUAGCGAUAACCUAGACCCAAGUAGAGCCAAUGGUGAUGCCAUUCCAAGCAAAGAGUUACGACGAAGACAGAUAAAGUUUUCAGAUCCAGUCAACCAGUUAUCACUGGAGACCUCAGUGAGAGACAAUCUUCAAACAUGUGCCAGCAUCCAUGGAGAAUCUUUCAACUCAGCAAUCAGUAGAAUGCACCCAUCUGCAUUUGCUCAACUGAAGCAGGCGUUGAAGAUGCCAUAACAUGCCUAUGUAUAUCCUGAUCAAACUCCUGAGAUCUGUGGAAUUCUUUCGAUUAUUUCGUUCUUCCAUUGGUCCAAUGUCUACUGUGAGUACUAUUGAAGGUUUUGUGAGUCAGUUUGGCGGCUUCGAUAUUCUUUGUUUCUUAUAUAUGAUUGAUCUGAAAAGGGUUUCGGCUUUAGAAAUCUCCUUAUCCUAGGCUUCAGCAGCAGCAGGUGCUCUCUGUAGAUAUCUGCCUGAACUUGUUAGUCCGUAUACGCGUGGCUGGAGGGUCGUAAUCUUUUGAGCAGUAAGUAUUCGUACCCAUCGCGAGUCAAAGUACGGUGAACCACUUCGUGGAGACAGCGAGGGAGCAGCAAAUGGGUACAGGGUUUUGUUUGUUGAUUUGUUGCAUUUCAGAUUUUGUUGAGUGACAGACAUCAAAUGGACUUCAAUGCACCAGUUUUUGCAUAUACUUGAUGAAUUAAUCAGUUGAGCUAUUUAUUGGUAUUUUGUCGAGUGCU